GCGGAGGAGGGGUUAUAUGUGGGACGCGAGGUGUCUCAGGAUACGCCUUGUGACAGCACAAGUGAAUGAAACCAGCCUAAACACUUGUGCCCACUUGUGCAGGUUCGGACGUGACAGAAUAUUUGCUCCAGGGUUCCGCCCACAUUCCCACUCUACCAAGCGUCCACCGGCAAUGCGAGCAGGACCGUAUAUGCAAAGUGCACGCGCAAAAUAACCUUCCGACUACAUGGCCUCGCCGACAGCCUGGGCCGUGGCUUUGCAGCUCCUCCUGCUCCAGCUGUGUUCACACGUCAGAGCUCAAGCUUUAGUGUAUGAUCUCCUCAACUCGCCCGACUGCCUGCCGGACCUGCUGCAGGGGGGUCUUGUCGAGCAGGGGGCCAACGAGGCUUUCAUCUUGGCCUCCUUCAAGUUGCAACCCAAGACCGGAACCACGGUGUUCGGCCUGUACAACCCCCGGGACAACAGCAAGCACUUUGAGUUCACCGUGAUGGGCAAACUCAACAAAGGCGUGCUGCGCUACCUGCGGACGGACAAGAGGACGAGCUCUGUGACCCUCAACAACCUGGUGCUGGCAGACGGUCAGGUCCACAAGCUGUUGUUCCACCUGAGGGGUCUCCAGCAGCCCGGUGGUGUGGGUGGAGUCGACGUACAUCUGGACUGCAAGCUGGUGGAGACUAUCCGGGAUCUCCCCGCCGCUUUCCAGGGUUUGCCAGCGGGCUACAGCAUGGUGGAGCUGAAGACCAUGUUGACCAAAGACCAGGAGGGCUUAGACGAGCUCAAGCUGGUGGUUGGAGACACAUUUGAGAAUGUGGCUUCGCUGCAAAACUGUCAUUUCCAGCAACGAGACUCGGUCCAGACUCUUGGGGUCAACACCAAGCAGCUGUCCAAUCAAAUGAUGGAUUUAACCAAGGUGAUAAACGAGCUAAAAGACAUCCUCAUCCAGCAGGUCAAAGAGACUUCCUUCCUCACAAACACCAUCUCUGAGUGCCAGGCCUGUGGUCUGGGUGGAACUGAAGUGGUCAAACCAAAAUGUGGCCCGGGGGUGUGUUUCCGCGACCACAUGUGCCGGGAGACGGCGGACGGCGUGGAAUGCGGCCCCUGUCCCGAAGGAUACACGGGAGACGGCUUCAACUGCGACGACGUGGACGAGUGUCAGUUUAACCCCUGCUUCCCCGGGGUGAAGUGCAUCAACACGGCGCCCGGCUUCCGCUGCGAGGCCUGUCCUCUGGGCUACACCGGCCUGCCAAUGGAGGGCGUCGGAGUGCUCUUCGCCCAGACAAACAAACAGGUGUGUGACGACAUCGACGAAUGCAAAGGACCAAACAAUGGCGGCUGCGCGGCCAACUCCGUCUGUCACAAUUCUGCGGGCUCGUAUAACUGCGGCAGCUGUAAGACGGGCUUCACAGGAGACCAGGUGAAAGGCUGCAAGCCCGAGAUCAGCUGUGCUAAUAGCCUGACCAAUCCUUGCGACAUCAACGCCCAGUGUGUCGCUGGGAGGGACGGCUCCAUUUCCUGCCAGUGUGGAAUCGGCUGGGCUGGAAACGGGUACUUAUGUGGGAAGGACACCGACAUCGAUGGAUAUCCCGAUGAGAAACUCAAAUGCAAGGACGCUAAUUGUAAAAAGGACAACUGCGUCUUCGUUCCAAACUCCGGCCAAGAGGACGCCGACAGAGACGGCCAAGGAGACGCCUGCGACGACGACGCGGAUGGCGACGGCAUCCUGAACGAGCAGGACAACUGCUGGUUAAGACCUAAUUUGGAUCAGAGGAACAGCGACAAGGACACGCACGGAGACGCCUGCGACAACUGCCGCAUGGUGGAGAACCCCGACCAGAGGGACACAGAUGGCGACGGCAAAGGGGACGCCUGCGAUGACGACAUGGACGGAGACGGCUUGAAGAACUUUCUGGACAACUGCCAGCUCGUCCAGAACCGAGACCAGUUGGACCGGGAUGGAGACGGUGUGGGAGACGCCUGUGACAGCUGCCCGGACAUCCCCAACCCAAACCAGUCUGAUGUGGACAACGAUCUUGUGGGUGACUCCUGUGACACAAACCAGGACAGCGAUGGAGAUGGUCACCAGGACUCCAAGGAUAAUUGCCCCUACGUGAUCAACAGCUCCCAGCUAGACAGCGACAAAGACGGGUUGGGAGACGAGUGCGACGACGACGACGACAAUGACGGAAUCCCCGAUUCCAUUCCGCCCGGCCCAGACAACUGCAGACUGGUUCCUAACCCUGACCAGACGGAUGACAACAAUGACGGCGUCGGAGACGUGUGCGAGUUUGACUUUGAUCAGGACAAAGUGAUCGACACGAUCGACAAUUGCCCCGAGAACGCUGAAGUCACCUUGACGGACUUCAGGGCCUUCCAGACAGUGGUGCUGGACCCGGAGGGCGAUGCUCAGAUUGACCCCAACUGGGUUGUUCUGAACCAGGGAAUGGAAAUUGUUCAGACCAUGAACAGUGAUCCAGGUCUCGCUGUGGGCUACACGGCGUUC